AUUCUCAGUCGAAAAGCAACAUGGCGGCGCGCAUACAGUGACAUGUCCACAAGGAUUUCUUACAUGAUUAUACAAGAAAGAAGUUAUCCCUGAAAGCAGGUGCAGCACAGAGGUAGGCGGCAGGAGGAAGGAAGGGGACAGUUACAGUCACAGACGCAGACACAGGCCAGGUGCAGCCCAACGCAGACCGCAAGUGGGAGAGAUUGAUAGAAGAGGAAAAGAAGAAGAAAGAAGAGAGAGUGAGAGACAGAGAAGAGGCACCAUGUCCAAGAUCUCCAGGGCGACCAAGGCGGUGAAGAAGCUGGACACGGGGAACCUGAUCCGGGCCAUCGUUCGCUCGGGCCAGGCCGCCCCCGGCCCACCUCUGGGACCCGUCCUGGGACAGAAAGGCAUCCCUAUUGGCCAGUUCUGUAAGGACUUCAAUGAGCGGACCAAGGAGAUGAAGGAGGGCAUCCCACUCCCUAUCCGCAUCACCGUCAAGCCUGACCGGACGUAUGACCUGAAGAUCGGCCAGCCCACGGUCUCUUAUUUCCUCAAGCAAGCCGCAGGCAUCCAGAAAGGAGCCUCCAAAACAGGUCAUGAGGUGGCAGGGAAGGUGUCGGUCAGAGCGGUGUAUGAGAUCGCCCAGAUUAAGGCCCAGGACGAGGCCUUCACCAAUCAGGGCGCCUCGCUGGAGUUUGUCGUCAAGGGCAUCAUCGGGUCCGCCCGCUCGUUGGGAAUACAAGUGGUGCAAGACUUGUCUGCGGAGGACUACGGGGACUUCCUGAAGAAGAGAGAGGAGCGUCUGAAGGAGGAGGCUGCUGCUGCUGCCGCGGCCGCCGCUGCCCUGGGCAAGAAGAAGUGAACACACACACACACACACACGCACACACACACACACACACACACACACACACACACACACACACACACACACACACACACACACACACACACACACAAGCAAGCAGCGAACUCACCAGGGACUUCUUGGACACACACAAACACACAUACACACACAAUCAUAUUUAUAUAACACACACACACAUGGGUGCCGCUAGGGGGGGAAAGGUGUUACAGAUUCUAAGGGCCCGGAAUCACUGUCAGGGCCCCUGAAGGAUGCUGAUAACAUAAUUUGACAU